AUUAUUUACAAUGAAAACAUUUAUUUUACUUCUGUUUAUUGUUUUAAAUAUUUAUGCUAUUACUCCUGAACAAGAAGAAAUUAUCGAUGAGUUGAAAGGGGAACAAAAAAGACAAGUUGAUGCCAUUGCUGAUGAAGAACAACCAUCUUCUACUGCUCUUAUUCAACAACAACCUGGUCAAAAAUCUUAUGCUUCAUAUUUUAAUAAAAUGAUGAAAGUUACUAAAGAAAAGGGUAGACAUAAUAAGCAAAAACAUCCAGUAAGAGUACAAUCAAUAUAUUCUAAGCCUAUUAAAAAAAGUAUGAAAAAAGUUGGACAUGUUAGUGAUGAACUUAAUGGUAAUUUCUUUGGUAGAAAUGGAUAUAACUAUGAGCAUACACGAAAGGUUAAUAAAGGAAAUAUGAGAAGUUAUAGCAAAAGUUCAGUAAUGUAUUACACAUCAUCUCCAGAAGAUAAAAAGAAUUUUGGUCAACUUCCAGGAUUUUUUAAAAAUAAGGAAGGAGAUAUGUGGUUUUAAAUAAAUUGUCUUAAUUUGAC